GCUCACCUCAAAUCCCUAAACCCUAUUCUCUGUCAAAACACCUUCAUCCUCUUCUCUAUCUUCUAACCGUCAAAACCUCCAACUGAGACUUGUCUUGAUUCCGACAGAGAGUAUCAUCAUGGCGUCAGCGAAAGGAAACGAUUGGAGAAGUGUAGGAGGAGCUUUGGAUGAGGAGAAUCUCGUCUUCGAAACGACCAAAGGGAUCAAACCAAUAGCGAGUUUCGACGAGAUGGGUAUGAAUGAUAAAGUUCUUCGCGGAGUCUACGAUUACGGUUUCAAGAAACCUUCUGAGAUUCAGCAGAGAGCUGUGAUGCCUAUCCUCAAAGGACGUGACGUUAUCGCUCAGGCUCAGUCCGGUACGGGUAAAACCUCCAUGAUUGCUAUCUCCGUUUGCCAAAUCGUCAACACUUCCUCCAGAAAGAUUCAGGUUUUGGUUUUGUCUCCAUCAAGGGAACUGGCUUCACAAACAGAGAAGACGAUACAGGCCAUUGGAGCACACACCAACAUUCAGGCACAUGCCUGCAUAGGUGGUAAGAGCAUUGGAGAAGACAUCAAGAAGCUGGAGCGUGGUGUACACGCUGUAUCUGGAACACCUGGUCGAGUCUAUGAUAUGAUAAAAAGAGGAAGCUUACAAACCAAAUCUGUUAAGCUUUUGAUCCUUGAUGAAUCAGAUGAAAUGCUGAGCAAAGGUUUGAAAGACCAGAUCUACGACGUUUACAGAUCUCUUCCACACGAUAUUCAGGUGGAUUGGCUUACUGAGAAGAUGAGGAGUAGUAACUUUAUAGUCUCAUCAAUGCACGGAGACAAACGUCAAAAGGAGAGAGACGAGAUCAUGAACCAGUUCCGGUCUUUUAAAAGCCGUGUUUUGAUUGCAUCGGAUGUAUGGGCACGAGGGAUCGAUGUUCAGACAGUUUCUCAUGUCAUAAACUAUGAUGUACCCAAUAACCCGGAGCUUUACAUACAUCGCAUUGGACGAGCUGGUCGGUUUGGGAGGGAAGGUGUUGCGAUUAACUUUGUGAAAAACUCUGACAUGAAGACUCUUCGUGACAUCGAGAGGUACUAUGGUACUAGAAUCCGCGAGAUGCCUGCUGAUCUUGCCUAA